AUGACAGUCCAGUCCCUUGGCUCCACGCGGGCCCCGCGAAGCGCUUCUCGCGCUGCUUCGCACCGCAGGUCGCGUGCAGUGGCCGCCCGGGCGAGCAAGCGCGCGGUGGUUGUGCUGCCUGGCCUAGGGAACAACGCCAAGGAUUACGACGGCCUCGCCGACCUCCUGCGCGACCGCCUCGACGUCCACGUCGACGUCGCGCAGGUCGCGCGCCUCGACUGGGCACGCAACGCCGCCGGCCUCGUCGACCCCAACUACUGGAAAGGCACCCUCAAGCCGCGGCCCACCGUGAACUGGUACCUCAAGCGCACCGAGGCGGCCGUGAAGCGCGCGCGCGAGGCCACGGACGGCGGCCCCGUCACCCUCCUCGCGCACUCGGCGGGCGGCUGGAUGGGCCGCCUCUACAUGAUGGAGUACCACGCGUCGCUGCGCCACGGGGUCGACGCGUUCGUGUCGCUCGGCUCCCCGCACCUCCCGCCCCCCGAGGGCGUCAUCGACCAGACCCGCGGCAUCCUCACGUACCUCUCCGAGGCCUGCGGGGGCUGCGCGGACGAGUACGUUGCGUACACGACGGUGGCGGGGCGCUUCCUGAAGGGCGCCGCGCUCGGGGACCGCGGGGCGUCGCUGCAGCGCAUUGUCGUCGGGGCGGGGUACCAGCAGGUGUGCGGCGACGCGCGUGCGUGGGGCGACGGCAUCACGCCUGUGGAGACGGCGCACCUCCCGGGCGCGGCGCAAAUUAACAUCGACGCGGUGUACCACAGUCCGCUGGGCGAGGGGCCCGACCGGCAGUGGUACGGGCACCCGCGGUUCGUGCCGCUGUGGGAGCAGGCGCUGAUGCCGGGGAGGGGGGUCAGCAAGGACGUCACGGAGGUGGCGACGGAGGUAGAGCAGGGCGUGGAGAGCGCCGCCGUGUGA